GCUCCACGGCCGCAGUGCUGCCGCCUCCCUCCUCCUCCUCCUCCUCCUCCUCUUCCUCCCGUCGCCGCAUCGCUGUCGCUAUGGCGCUGUGCGGCCGCUCCGCGCUCCUCCUGCCGCCCCCGCGCCCGUCGCCGCGCCGCCCCCGGGCCGCCCAGGCCUUCGUCAGCUGCAGCCGCCUUCGAAACAUUCAGAGAAUCCUGACGCAGAGCAGCAAAUCUCAACCUGAUGGAAUCCUUUGCAUUUUAGGAAUAGAUAGUCGAUACAAUGAAGGUUGCAGGGAACUGGCGAACUAUCUGCUUUUUGGCUUGUAUAACCAGAAUAACAAUGACUUUGAAAGAACUGGGUUUCCUGAAGAAGUUCUUGAUGAUAUAAUCAUAUUAAUAAAACCUGACAGUGUCCAUCUGUACUGUAACCCUGUGAAUUAUAAUCAUCUUUUGCCGUAUGUGGCAUACUGGAGGAACUUGCAUUUUCACUGUCUAACUGAAAAUGAGUAUGAAGAUGAAGAAGUUGCAGAGGAAUUCAAAAUUUCCAGCUUUGUAGACAUGGUUCGAGAUUGCAGUCGCAUUGGUAUUCCAUACAGCUGCCAAGGUCAUCUACAGAUAUUUGAUAUGUUCAUUGUUGAAAAGUGGCCAAUAGUGCAGGCUUUUGCACUGGAAGGAAUUGGGGGUGAUGGCUUCUUUACAAUGAAAUACGAAUUAAUGGAUGUCAGUGUUGAUCUGUGGAAGACAUACAGCAAAAUGGAUCCCAUUUCCUUGGAGGACUUGCUUUUUGAGGAUUUAAUGAAUUUUGAACACCAGUGGACCAACUUUUUUGCUAAUUUUGAUACUGAAAUUCCCUUCAUUCUGGAACUCUCAGAAUCUCAGGCAGGGGAGCCUUUCAGAAGUUAUUUCAGUCAUGGAAUGAUCUCAAGCCAUAUAACAGAUAACAGCCCUAGCCGGCAGCCCUUUGUUCUCUUUGGUAGCCACUCAACUAAGGAAAACUUGAAUUCUGGUAACUUUAAUUUUCCAUCAGAAGGACAUCUUGUUCGAAACACUGGCCUUGGUGGAAGCACUGCCAAGCAUAUGGUAGUGCAGUGCAUAUCUCCAAAGGGACCUUUGGCUUGUUCCAGGACCUAUUUUUUUGGAACCACUCACAUUCCUUUCCUGGGAAAUGACAAUGAGAUGCACAAGCAAGCUGAACAAGUUACGCUGUUGUCGCAAAUAUAUACUGCUGUUGUAGAGGCUGUGCUUGCUGGCAUUGAGUGCUAUGCUAAAACUUCCACUGAAUCCAAGGCAAAGGAGGUAGCAGAGCAGAUCCUCAUGUCUGCGUUGGAUACCCUUCAUUUAACACAGCUGAAAACUGCAUUACGCUCCAAAAUUGCUUUUCAAAUCCAGGCUGUGAAUAAUCAUGGCAGAAUUACUCCAUUAGAUAAUGAGGAUAGCCUGAGUUUGAUUAAAACGGCGUCUAUGAUGGUAUUUGACAUUCCAGACUUGCUCACAGGAAGAGGAUGCUUGGGAUCUGUUGUCUUUUCAGAGUCCUUUCUAACAUCACAGAUACAAAUAAAAGAAAAAGAUGGCAGCAUGAAUUCAGAAACCAGCCACAUAAUACUGACUGCAGCUAUCCCAAGAUACGCUUCUUGGCUGGUUGAAGAUAGUGAUGUGAAACUGUCUGAGAAGGCACAGCAUCUGUUGAAGGAAGACAAAUCUUUUCUGGGCACUUUACUCACGGGAGGCGAUGGAGCGUAUAUUUAUUCUAGCAAUCCACAGGCCAUGCCUGCAGAAGGCAAAUUGUACUUCUUUUCAGAUGGCAUCCUCUUUUCUGAUCCCCACCAUGGCAGCAUUUCCAUUUCAAAGAACCACAUGAGUUCCAUUUCUCUCUAUGAUGGGGAUUCAACCAGUAUUGUUGCUGCUCUCUUUAUAGACAUCAAAAGUUCCUUGCUUGCUCAUCUACCGAUUGAAUUCCAUACCCGAGACAACUUUUUGAUGAUUGCACUUUUUCCCAAAACAAAGAUUUAUAAAGCUUUUUAUUCACAGGUUUUCUCUUCGUGGCAAAACCAGACAAACUCAGGAGUAUCUUUAAGGGUUGUCCAGGAAGAAUUCCUGUCUGUGGAACAAAAGAGACUGCAUUCCAGUGUUCAGAAGCUAUUUAAUGCCUUGUCUUUUCCUUCUGGGGAAAGAUGCAGAGAGAUGAAAAUAUCUGCUGCCCUUCCAGAAUUGGAGAGGUUUGUGCAACAUUUUACAGUCAGCAGCGUCAGUCACGAGCCAGUAAUGAGAGCACAUCUUCCUGUUCUAUUGCAACAGUCAGAAAUCAUUCCUGAUAGCAAAGCAGAAAGUGAUAAGGUGGUUAUCACCAUUAUAACAGGUCUUCCAGGAUGUCGUUGCAGCGAUCUGUGUGCUUUUCUGGUAACUUUUAACAAGGAGCAUGGAAGGUGGAUAGUUUAUCGUCAAACUAUGGACAGUCCUGAAUGUUUCAGUGCAAGCCACUUCCAGCGGUACCUCUCCAGUGUCCUGGAGGCUCAGCAAAACCACAGUGUCCGUCAGUCCACUUAUGCUAAGAAGAACAAGCGUCUCUUGGUGGUCUUGCAAGGAUAUACUGAUGUUAUUGAUGUUGUACAGGCUCUGCAAACUCAUCCUGACCCAGAUGUGAAGUCAUCUUUCAUCAUUGGCGCAGUUAAUACUUGUGUAGAGCCACUGAGUUGCUAUAUGGAACAUAGGCUUCUCUUUCCCAAGUUCUUGGACCAGUGUUCUCAAGGACUAGUGAGUAAUGUGGUUUUCACAAGUCAUGCUACAGAGCAGAAGCAUCCACUCCUUAUGCAACUGCAGAGCCUUAUCCGGGCGGCAAACCCUGCCGUUUCAUUCAUCUUGGCAGAAAAUGGAGUUGUAACUAGGAAUGAGGAUAUUGACUUAAUUCUCUCAGAAAUCAGUUUUUCAAAUCCUCAGAUGAUGAGAGCUCGAUAUUUAAUGUAUCCUGGCUGGUAUGAAGGCAAAUAUGGAGCUGGGUCUGUCUUCCCUCCAAUGGUUCAGAUCUGUGUAUGGUUUAAUCGUCCUCUAGAAAAAACACGAUUUGUGACCAAAUGUAAAGCAAUUAAGUCACUGCUCAAGCCAAGUCCUUUUUCUGGAAACAUUUAUCACAUCAUGGGUAAAGUUAAGUUUUCAGAUUCUGACAAAGUGAUUGAAGUCUGUCACAACACAUCAUCUAAUUCACUAAGCCUUGUGCCUGUUCAGGAGGGGCCAACUCCUCCUGAUUCAAGAAGCGAUAACAGAGAUUGCAGCAGUCAGCAGGAGUGCUUCCUCGUGUUCAUUGGCUGCUCUCUUAAGGAAGAGGAUAUAAAAGACUGGCUCAGAGAAACUGCAAAACAGAAGCCUCAGAGGAAAGCCCUGAAAACCAGAGGAAUGCUAACCCUUCAGGAAAUAAAAAACAUUCACGUGAAGCGCCACCUGGAUCCACUUCCGGCUGGUUAUUUUUACAAUGGGACUCAAUUUGUGAAUUUUUUUGGUGACAAAAUGGAUUACCAUCCAUUAAUGGACCAAUUCAUGAAUGAUUACUUGGAAGAAGCCAACAGGGAAAUAGAGAAGUACAACAGAGAACUAGAAGAACAAGAGUAUCAUGAUCUCUUUGAGCAGAAGACAUAAGCAUGUGCGUUCUGUGCGUUUCCGAACCACCUACUGUCAGUAACCAAAAAUGCUGUUGUCCUUGCUGGUUAACUAGAAAAUUAAGUGAAAUGUCAAUUUUCAGCACUCCUUUUAAAACUAAGAAAUCAUUCCUGUAAGGUUGGCAUUUUAAUAUGGUAACUGCUUAGCUGUUUGUACUGGCAGGUUUGCUUCCACUUCACCUUAGUUCCAGACUGUAAAAAGCAUCCCAUGGAAUCUCUGGCUAGUAGUGGAAACUUAUUUAAAAGAAGAAGAAAAGAAGCAAAACUGUAUUUCCUAGUAGGUCAGAAUGUAAUCAUGGAAUUGGUCCGUCAUGCAGAUAAUCAAACCACUUCAGUCUCUGUGUGUCCCUUGAACCUUGUUGCACAGGAGCUUUGAGCAGUGGUAUCCUUCAGUAUGUGGGAUUGGAGGAUGUUCCUAAAGCAAGAAAUGGGGGAACAUUUAAAAAACUCGGAAGUGUACCCAAUCCCACAGUUUUUAGGGUGUUCCCAAAGCGAGAAAUGGGGGAACGCUUCAAAAACUUGGAGGAGUCCCUAAUCCCACAGCUGGUGGGGUGUUCCCAAAGCGAGAAAUGGGGGAGCAAUUAGGAAACUCAAAGUACCUAAUCUCACAGUUUUUAGGGUGUUCCCAAAGCGAGAAAUGGGGGAGCACUUAAAAAAACUCAGAAGAGUCCCUAAUGCCAGAGCUGGUGGGGUGUUCCCAAAGCGAGAAAUGGGGGAACAAUUGGGAAACUUGGAGUACCUAAUCCCACAGUUUUUAGGGUGUUCCCAAAGCGAGAAAUGGGGGAACACUUCAAAAACUUGGAGGAGUCCCUAAUCCCACAGCUGGUGGGGUGUUCCCAAAGCGAGAAAUGGGGGAACAAUUAGGAAACUGGGAAGAGUACCCAAUCCCUCGUUUUUUAGGGUGUUCCCAAAGCGAGAAAUGGGAGAACAUUUAAAAAAACUCAGAAGAGUCCCUAAUCUCACAGCUGGUGGGGUGUUCCCAAAGCAAGAAAUGUGGGAACAAUUAGGAAAGUCAGAGUACCUAAUCCCACAGAUUUUAGGGUGUUCCCAAAGCGAGAAAUGGGGGAACACUUCAAAAACUGGGAGGAGUCCCUAAUCCCACAGCUGGUGGGGUGUUCCCAAAGCGAGAAAUGGGGGAACAAUUAGAAAACUGGGAAGAGUACCCAAUCCCUCAUUUUUUAGGGUGUUCCCAAAGCGAGAAAUGGGGGAACGCUUCAAAAACUUGGAGGAGUCCCUAAUCCCACAGUUUUUAGGGUGUUUCCAAAGUGAGAAAUGGGGGAACAAUUAGGAAAGUCGGAGUACCUAAUCCCACAGUUUUUAGGGUGUUUCCAAAACGAGAAAUGGGGGAAUACUUCAAAAACUCGGGAGGGUACCAAAUCCCACAGGUGCCGGGACGUUCCCAAAGUGAGAAAUGGGGGAACACUUCGGCAUCUGCGUUUUUCUGAGGGGACAGCACGUAUCUUAACCUCUGCACAGUUUGAAUCUGCAAUGGAAAUUUUGACUUUUCUAAAGAAAGAUGUUUAUACAUUUCAGGGUGAAAUGAGAUAGGGGAAGAUAUCUUGCUUUCUUCCCAUGGUUGUUAUUGGUGGUCUAGAAAAUAUGACAUGAAUUGUAGUGAUCUGCGACUUGUUGUUGCUUAGCAGAUUAUCUCUGAAGGAUUCUUACUUCACUACUAAAAACUAAGUAAGGCAAGAGAAGAGCGAGAUUCUUUAGUAAAGAAUUUCUUUUCAUUAAAACAACUUAUUUCCAAAGGUAAAAAAUAUCAAAAGAUAUACUUGAAAUAUGAAAUAACUUGUUUGUGAAACAUUCAGAAGAAUUUGCACGCCAUAACAUUUCACUAAACUGAUACACCGGGUUUUAAAUACUUGCGACAAAACCUUUACUAAACAUUACUAAAUUACAUUGUAAUAGGAAUUCUGUCAACUUGUCCUUUAACUUGAUUUAGUGCAAUUUUAAGUGAGACUUCAUAGAUCACUGACCGGAGGAUGAUAAGGUACCCUACCAGCUACUUAAAGGUAAUUACUGAAGCUUAUUUGAAUAAGCAGAUUAUUGUAGAAUUCUGUGUGUUCAGAAUGUAGUCAAGUGAAAACAGUCCCAGGAGGAAUUUUUUAUUUUCAUAUUCCCUUGCCUUAGGAACAGCUCAGCCUUUUAAUACAACUGCAACUUUUCUUUUUGGUCAGAUGUGUGUAAGGCAGUAAGAAAUAGAAUUAAUAAGUUCUUACAGUACUCUUAAAAUACUUACAACAUGUCCACAGAGUCUUUUUGUGGCAGGAAAAUGACGUUUAACUCCUGUCAUUAAACCCAAGGCUAGAGACAGUUUCAUGCCUUACUUAAGAAAUAUAUCUUUUACCUUUGGAAUAUGAAAUGACUGAAAUUUCAAUAGGCCUGUUAAAAACUGAAACACCUUUUAGGUAGAUUUUCAGUACACGUUGCUACUAGCUGGCUCGGUGCCUGUGCUGUGGUGGUUACACAGUGCCGAGGUGGAAUUCCAGGUGCUGCAGAUUGGGAUAUAGAUGUUGAUAAGGUUUCGUUAUUAGCUUUCCUACUAGAUACAAAGAGCUGUCUGAAGUUAAGAAUAUGUUUUUUUUUUUUUUUUUUUUUGCACACCACGAGACUUUAUAAACUACUUGUAUCCUGUUGAAGUACAGUAAAAGCCAGUGAUUAGUUUGUGUUUCUAGGCUUUCUGGGGUAAACCCAUAUUACAGGUAUAGAGCAUCAUGAUAAGGCUCGUGAGUUUAUCUAUGCAUGGCUAUACUUUAGUCUUAAUAUACUGUAGUGCCUGGUAGAGUAAACGUAGCUAGCAGUGAAUUUGGGGGGGCUAGCAGGUGUUUACAAACUAAGUACAGUUGAUUGCAUGAAACUAUUUAUCAGGCCAGGAUUAUUAGAGUACAAAAUUCUGGUUGUAACACUGCAAUAAAAAGGGGCAUUAGAAAAUUAUAAUUAACAAAUUAUAGUUCUUUGCCAAUAAACUUAGUGUAAACCCAGUGUGCUCCUUUUCAGUACAAGUUAUCUAAUCUGCAAAGCCAUAUUUCUAGAAUAGUGGUAUGACUGUGUAAUGUCAGAAGAAAUACCAGUGGUUGGGACAACGGGCCCUUCGUUGGUGCUUUGUCUUGACUUGUAAAUCAAUAACAGAGUAGAUUUAAGUGCAAUUGAUUGAGCGAUAGAUGAAGAUACUGUAGCUUAUCUUGCUCUGCUGAACUCUUUUUAAGAACUCCAAUUUGUGCAGCUCAAAAACAAAUGUUGAUGGGGCUAAUUCAUCUGGGCUUGGCGCAGCAAGUUGUAAUUACAAGUGAGAUGCCCCGUGAACAAAAAAGAAAGCAGUAUUGAAAAUUGGCGCGCUACUGUGCAAAUUGAGCCGUUCCUUAAAAACUGAAACAGAAGAGCUCAGAACAAAGGCCUAGUAUACUUAUAUACUGUACUGCAUGCUAUAUGGUAAUAGCUGUGUAUUAUGAAGACCUUUCACCAUACUGGUACUAUUUCAAUUAAUAUAUUUUGGUAUGGAAAUGAAUUGAUUACCUCAAUUUUAUUUUUCUUUUUUAGUUUUAAACUGUGACUUUAAAACAGAAAAAAUACCGAAAUAGUGAAACUGUGACAGUGGUAUCCUUUAAACAUAGUAGUGCCUUGCAGAUGACACCAUUUAUUCACAAAGCAUAAAAUAAAUGGAUGUCAGGGGUUGUAUUGCUUGCACCCUCUUUUUUUUUAAAGGAAAAACAGUUUUGGUGAAAGGACUUAAUUUUAACCUAGUGAAGAAUAUUAGCACAAAUGGUUAAACUGUUUAAAAGAAAACUCUUUGAGGACUAAAAUAUGUAAAUGCCUGAUGCUGCUGGUAGUUUAAUAGCAGUUGCUGAUUAUUUUGGAGUUACUUCUAACAAUCAGCAGCACUUUUCUUUUUUUUUUUUUAGAAGAGCGUAACUUUUGUACUCUGGUCAGAGAUGUUUAUACUGUGUCAAGCCCCAGCUGUAGGGUAAUCUGGUUUCCUCACUCUUUUGCAGUUGAGGUGAGGGUUGAGAUACUUGUAAGGAUCUAGUUUUGAAAAAUUUUAUAGCUACUGUAAAACUCAAAAAAAAAAAAAAAAAAAAAAAAAAAAAAAAAGCACCAUUUCUAAACCACAAAUGUUUGGAUACAGCAAAAGUGCCAUUACACUGUUCCUUUUAUCUUUUACUGCAUUUUGAAAAUUGGUAACAGUAACUUUGUGUCCAGGCAUUUCUGAUAUUGUGAAGAAGUGCUGAGAGUCCUCAAGGGGUUUACAUGCUUUGCUGACCUCCAUGUUAGCAGCUUGUGGUGGUGUUUUUUUUUUUUUUUCCUCACCGAGAAUGAGUGUGAUCAGAAGUUACUGAAGUUAUAGGGAGAAAAAUGUGAUAAACUUAGGAACAUUUGCAACUUGAACUGCGCUGCAGUCUCGGAGUAUUUUAUAUUAAGCUGUGCAAUUUGGUAUUAGUCCAAUUUUACACUUUGCAAUUAACAAAACUGAUUGCAGAGAAGGAUUUAAGUUGCACGUAAAAGUUCCCUAAUAAGCUUUUUAUUAUUGUUUUUUAAUUGAAACUUUCCUGAAUUUGCACAGAUUUAAGCUCUGGAAUACUUUGGUAUUCUUAAAAGGGAAAAAUUGUAACUAGUAUAGUGAAUUGUAAACUGUGAGUUGUUAGAACCGCAUUGUUGAUCUAAUUUUAGAUUGUUUAAAAAUGUACCUCAGAAAGCUAGUGAGAAAUUGCUUCAUUUUUACACAAGUCAGAUACUAAUGUAACACUUCUCACUUUACAAUGUGCCAAAAUUCACUUUUAUACUAGUUCUCAAUGCUUUAAUAUUUGCAACUUUAAGUUAAAAACUUGUAUUUACAAACACUACUGUAACUUCAGUUAAACUGAAUUGUGUGAUUGAAGCUUUUUGCCUAUUGUAUUUAUUACACAACUUGAUUCAGUAAAUAUAAAAUUACCUUUCCAUUUAUUUUUGUAUUGUUUUACAUGUUUAUACCUGCAGUUUGUGUGACUUUUACACCUGUAACUCAGAUGUGAUAGAAAAAAACAAUAAACAGUAUCCAUCUGC